AUGGCUCCACCACCAACAGGCGAAGGAGAAGAAGAGAGCUGCUGGUCUCAACUUCCGAUAGAUGAGAUGGAGAAGAUCCUGAAGCGCCUCACCGUAGUCGAUCGGAUCCGUGUCGCCGCUGUAUGCAAAUCUUGGCAGGCAGCUGUUGGUUUCCUCCAUGCUCCGUCUCCUCCUCCGUGGUUGUUGGUCUACCCCGGCCUACCCCAUCCUCGAAGAUGGGGCCUCUGCACUGCCUUUGCCGGACGACGAAGCUUAGGCUUAGAGAUCCCAAAGGAGCUCCAAACACAGUGGUGUUGCGGGUCAUCCAAGGGCUGGUUACUGUUCUUACGCACUACUCCGGAAAUCUUCGCCGGUUAUCGGGCUAGUCUUCUAAAUCCAAUCACCAGAGUUCUGGUCCACUUUGGUCCAUGCGUCAACCAUGUCGUCAAGGGCGUCAUAUCGGCGUCUCCACUCACAACAGGGUUUCUCCUUGCGACGAUGGGUUAUAAUUUGGUGGACUCAUACAGAUGCGUGACCGUGUACAGAGUUUGGCAGCUCACGUACGGGGAAUUGGACGUAGAUGAUCCCAUGGACAUUUUGUUUCACCAUGGAAGGCUGUAUAUUCUGACCGGCUCGGCAGAAAUCGUGGUCUACAUGUUCAAACCCCAUCCUGUGGUGUCGUCGAUCAUCCCAAUUCCAUCUUUGGUUUGGGAGGACGAGCGUCGUCGUCGCUCACGCAAGGGUAGGCUGGUGGGGUCAAACGACGAUGUCUUCAUCGUGUUCUAUACUACGAAGCUGCGCUCAGAGCUGCAACAGUUGAAGGUUUUCAAGGUGAAGGAGGGACUACGUCACCGUGUGGUGGAGGUGAAUAGCUUGGGCGGUCGCACCUUCUUUAUCGGUGGAUUCUCGGAGGGGUUGUCAGUAUCCAUGACCAAAUCAUCAUCAAAGUCAGAGUCGAUGAAGCCGGACUGUAUCUAUUAUCGAAAGCGCGUUGAAGAUAACUUGAAGGGGUAUUGCAUGCAAACUGGACGUUCGUUUCAAGUCGCGGGGUUGGAUGUGGCAGGUGAUCUACUCUCCUGGUUCACUCCCGAUUUGGAGGACCGAUCGAGUUUGAUGGAAGUGACUCCAACCAAUGGCUUCUCGCGUUCUCGCUCAUUGCUCCUCACCAUCAUCGUCACGUCAGUCUGCAUCAUGUUAGGUUACAUAUCUGGUCGGGUCAGCAUAUAA